CACAAAAAUACAAAAAAAAAAAUUGUAGUUUAAGUCUUAAAAGAUCCACAAAAAAAACCAAAACUUGAAAAAAAAAAUCCUUCAUUGCAGUCCGAGCAAUGGGUUUGGAUGAAAACUAUCACCAUCGUAUAUUGGAUGAUAAUGCGGCAAUGAUUGAAACACCGCUCGUCGGUCCACUAAACUCGCAUGUUCGUCAGCAUUUUAAAACAGCUUUAUAUCCAUACAAUAUAACAACGGCGAGUGGAGGUGCUGGAUAUUCUUAUAACAUUGAUGAUGAGCAUGGAAAUGGAAAUGGAAUCAGCAGUUAUGAAAAAAAUUCCGACGAUAUUGAGACUGAUGAGUCCCAUCCAAUACAUUUCCAGAGUACCUGCCACAUAGCGCUAGACGCAUGCCGCGACGAAUCUUCAUGCUCAACGUCCCUCCAAACUGUUAUUCAUCAUUGCGACAUUGAUCGCUGUAAUAAGCCAGCAUGCAUGGAGUCACUACAAACAUUUUAUCGUGAUAAUUCACAUGAAGACUUGAGUCUGGACGCAGCACUGUGCCUUUGUCGAAAGACAUCGUCGCGUCAUGACUCGUGCAUGUUGGCUAAGGAGAAACUUCAUCCACUUUGUGCUCAACGACCGCCGGAUGGGUCGAGUACGGUAGCAACUACUAAUGGUGCUUAUAAUAUGCUGCCUGCUUGUCAUACGCUUGCGGAUUUGUGUAAAGAAGAUCCAGAUUGCAGGUCGAGGCUAGAAUUUUUCGAGCAGUCAUGUGCAGUCGAUAGUGUGACAAAGAAAUGUGCAGGGAAAAUGAGUAAUUGUCGAAUAGCACUGCUAGGCAUCAUGGGAACACCAUUAAGGUCACUUUGUGCCUGUCAAGGAAGUGAUCUUCAGCAAUUGUAUGAAUGUUUAGGAUGGCAGCGACUGUUAUGGCUCAAUCCAUGUGUUGUUGAGGUUCAAAAAGACUUUCAUAUGAAGCGAUUGGCUGAAUUAGGAUUAUUAAUUACGACAACAACAACAACCACACAACGAACAACGACCACAACAACUUCAACAACAUCAACAACAACCACAACAACACCCGCACCUAUUCGUAUUACAUUUAGAGAAAGACUGCAAACUUCUGUGCCACAAACUCCUCCGCCGGAGAUUAUCUAUCAUCGUCCAGUAUCGAACGAGGACUUUGACAACAACUACAUUGAAGGCGAGGAAGUUGUGGACGAGAACUUCAUCGAUGACAAUAAAAAUGAGGAAUUUUAUGGCAUCACAACCGAGAUGCUAGGAAUGGAAGUCGCUACUAUAGCCCCAAUGACAACAACAGUUGAGACGACGACGAUUCCGUUGAGAUAUUGUGUCGUACAACGGCCUCAUACUCCAGAACAAUUUAUUCCUGAAGGACAGAGCAAGCGGCUUUACAUUAUGGAUGAUGCGGAGUGCAGUGAGUUAUGUUCGUGUAGCGUUGAGUCACUGGCGUUGUCAUGUCAUGCACUUUGUGUGCCAUUGGUGCCGUGUAGGACGUCAUUGGCAUUCUACAGCCACACAUCACCAGCAUAUCAAGCCUUCCGAGGACGAUGUCUAUGUUACUCGGGACGAUUUAUCUGCAUGCGUCCUCCACCUGGUGACUAUAAGCUUCCAGGCGGCGUAUUUUUAUUGUUAGGUUACAGCUCAACUGAUGAGGCACUUUUGAGGCCACACACGAAUCUAGGUGUACAGGAUGCUGUUAGGGCAUUACAGCAAUAUAUUGUGCUGCACAUCAAUAAUCAUACUCAAUGCACGCUUUCACUGUUCAACAUCACCGAUGAGAAUAUAAUUCUGUCCGUACGGUUGCCAUAUGACCAAAAAUUCACCACCAUUGAUAUGCUGAAGCGGGAGAAGCAAUUCUGCACAUCAAUACUAGAGACAGUAAGUCAUCAAAUAAAUACAGAAUAUGAUGAGCUUACGGCCCACCGCUUACUAAGCAUUUUUAAGAUGGCUGAGGUGCAAGUUAUAUGGCCCGAUCUAAAUGGUGCUGGCUCAGCAAAACAUGUCAAUUUACUACUCCUCAUCAUCGCCACAUUCAUAUGCUGCACAAUGGAACUAUCACAUCAAAUGUUGUCGUCGUCUAGAACGUGACGUUCAAUAUCGCUUGGAUUUUCAGUUUCGGGAUCAUUUAGAUGAAGAAAUAGAAAUUUUUUGUGGGUGUAUGUGUGAGCUUGUGUGUGUGUGAGUGAAGUUAUUAUUAUGGUUAGGGAUAUGGCAUGCAUCAUACGCGCAUAUAUAAAUAUAGUCAUUAUUGUAUCCGCAGACUAUAUUAUCAUAGGGAUAUCGUAGGAUUUGUUAAUAAUUUAAAUGCGAUGUGAAAGUGAAAUCAGAAUUUAAUUUAAAGAUUUUUUUAGAUAUUUGAGGUAUUUUGAGGUUAGUUUUGGAAGGUUUUGAUGGGUUUGGAGGUUAAAGUUUGGUCCUACAACCCUGGAAUCCUUUAAAGGGUCCUCAAAAGAACUCUAGAUUCUAAUGAUUAGUAGCUUGGUGCCCCCUGAUUGACAACCAGGGGGAUAACAGGUUUGUGGGAGGGAUUGGUUCAAUUUAAUCUAAUUUUACAACAUUUAAUACAAAAUAUUGACAAAAUAAAGUCAAAUUAAGAAAAUAUGAGGUAAAAAUGUUACCUAAAAAUAUUUCUCAUGAAGUUGUUGUCCCCCUGGCAUCAAUUAAGGCAACGCCAAUAAAAACCCUCCAAAAAACACCUCAAAAAUGCUUGAAACAUUUUCCAUAUUUUUUUAUACCAAAAAUACUGACACACAUCUCCGAUUAUGUCCAUAAAAGCUUCUCAAUGUUGCAAUUUAACAAGAUUAAUGGCAGCUUUAUCAGUUGUCAAGUGAGUUGACGAUGUUAAAAUUAAACUCAAUUGACGGUGUGACGAGGUUUAUUGAGGUUAAAAAAUGUUAAAUUAAGGAUUUUUAUUCAAUUUAAACUUAUUUUUCUCGAAAAUUUAAUUAAAUAUGAUUUUAAAUUUUUUUCAUUGAAUUAAAAACACGAGAAAUGAAUUUUAUUUAAUUUUCAAUUAAUCAAAACAAUUAUCAUUUAAAUUAAUACUCAGAACUACUCAGAAACCCAUUAACAUAUUUGAAAUUCAGACACAAAAAAAUAAGUCCUGACUAACUUUA